UUCUGAUUGUCAGGCAGGAGACUCACAACGUUCCUAUUCGGCAGGGAGAAACAGAAGUGGAAUUUCCUGCGUGAGGACAGAUUUUACAGGAAGUUCCAAGAAAGUCCUGUCAUCUUCCGAGAUGGCGGACAUCCCUACUCAGAUCAUGGACCAAGCAGUUCGGUCCUUCAAUGCUCAAGGAGAGAAAGAAGAGUUUCCAAGGAUACUAGGUUCGCCCGAAGAAGCAGUCAAGGCUGUCAAGGAGUUCCGUCGAUUGAAUUCGCUCGCGGAGACUCAAAAGAAGUUCGACGACCUUGACUUUACAAGUCCGGACGUCCUGUUGGAUAUAAAGAAAAUCAACCUUAACCUGAGCAUAACUGCCCUUGAGAAUGUUGGCCUGCAUCACGCGACACCGUUGUUUGGACUCGAUAAAAUUCCAAACCUGAUGAUGGCCGUCGGUUCUGCGUAUCGUGGCUGCCCCGAGAUUAAGGAAAUCUUUUUAGAAUUCGGGGAGGGUCAAUCUCUGCACGCACCUCCACCUCACCUCAUGGCGGUCGGUGAUGCGAUCCCAGAUCUUCAACUGGUGUCCUUGGCUGGGAAAGCCAUGACACUUUCUGAUCUUCAUAUCAACAAGGAUAGACCGAUGAUGAUCUUGGCUUCAUCAGCCUCCUGACCCCCGCUCAGGGCCUGUGUAGUAGGUGGCACGCUUGCAGGAAUUGUUCGCGACUACCGAGGCCGGGUCGAUUUCCUCGCCGUCUACCUCGCCGAAGCUCACCCGAAGGGGGGAUGGACGAGGGGAACCAAAUUAAGUUCGAGGGAACAACAUCGAUCACUUCAAGAAAGAA